AUGUGCGUGAUGUUAUCAGGACAGAUGAUGGGCCAUGUCGUGGCCCGAACUCAGCUGAUACUGUCUCGAAGUAACUUCGCCGAUUGCAUACGGUGUCACGGCGUGAGGGUUUCUAAAACCCUAAAAAUGGGGACAAAGCGACCAACUUGCCCUUCCUGCGAUAAACCAAGCCAGCUCUGCCUCUGCAAGAAGAUGCGAGUUCCGUGUUUCGAUAAUGAGGUGAGUGUUACUAUUCUUCAGCAUAGUCUUGAGAGAAAACACGCGCUUAAUUCAGCUCGAAUCGCUAGAUUAGGGCUUAAGAAUGUUAGUGUGACCACUGUUUUCGAUGUACAUGAUGAGGCUGAGUUCGUAAUCAGGGUUAUUGGAUCGGGUUGCAGCAAAAUUGACACGAACCAUUGGGAUUCUGAUUAUAGGGUAGAGAAUGGAGCUUCCUUUGAACUUGAUGAUAGCUCAAAGUUAGGUAGUGGCAAUGUGGAGAACUUAGAAUUUGAGAAGAAUGUGGUGGUUGUUGAUCAUGGAAGCUUUGGAUUUGUUGAAAAUUUGAAGCUUUCUCAACAUUUAGGUGCAAGUUCUUGUCGGGAUUCACGGGUUAUAGAUAAGAUAGGUUCUUGUGAAGAAAGUAGAUCAGAAGUUUUGAUAAGAAUGUGUAUGAAGAAACAUGGUGUCAUCAGCAAUUUCUCACACUCGUUGAUGCUCGAAACCAGUGUAGAGAAUCCUAGUUUUGAUCAUAUAUUGGCUUCUUCUGCCGCCAUGGAUGUCUUGAGAAAAGGGUUUGUAGUAACAAAGUUUUCAGAAGGAAAGCUAGAGUUUGAGCUCGAGGUUCCUCCGGGAUCAGCACUGUUGUUUCCAAGCGAAGAAUCGGUGAAGAUCAAUGAUCUUAAAGAGAAAGACGAGUUGAAGCUAAGGAAUCUGAUUGUUCUUGAUGGGACAUGGUCAAAGGCCAGAAGAGUAUACCUUGAGAAUCCAUGGCUGAAGAUUUUAUGUCUCCAUGUGAAACUGGAGAUUGAAGGUACAAGUUUAUACAAAGAAGUUCGGCGGCAGCCAAGAGCGGGAUGUUUGUCAACAAUAGAGAGUAUAGUAUACGCGAUGAAGGAGAUUGGAGAAGAUCCUGAAGGUUUAGAUAAUAUGUUGAAUGUUUUUGAAUCCAUGGUUGAAGAUCAAAGAAGAUGUAAAGAUGAGAACUAUCUGAAAGACAAAUGACUUUGCUAUUUGUAACAACAUGUAAGCGUUGAACAAAGAUGAUUCUUUUAAUAGUUAUGCUAAA